AUGGAUUUACGUACAGCAUCAUCAGCAUUUCGGUAUACAUUGAUUUUGGCAUCAUGGAUAAUAUCAAUAACUUUUGCUUCUAGUCAAUUAUUUUUGAGAGAUACUGACAUAAUUCGAGGAAUGCGUGUAUGCGGAAAUCGAUCGGAUGUCAGAAAUUGGAAUAUUUAUGUAUAUUUUCUUUUUAUAACUGUAUAUCUGGCACCAUUAAUUAUCAUAACUAUUUGUUAUAUAAUCAUUAUUGAUAUCAUAUGGAAGAAGAGUAGUUUAAAAAAGAAUCAUGUUGAAAAAGAACAAUCAAAAAUUAUGGCAUUUAUGUCAUUCAAACGUUCAGUGUCUGAAGAUAAGCACAUUGAAAACUCUAUUCGCAAUGCAGGAUCAUUAGGAGUAAUUCCACGAGCAAAAAUUAAAACAGUUAAAAUGACACUGGUCAUUGUAAUAGCAUUCACGGCCUGUUGGUCUCCUUGUUUUUUAUUAAUGAUUAUGGGUACAUUAAACAUGAUACGAGAUCACAGAGUUAUACGUGUAACAAGCAGCAUGUGUUACUUGAAUUCGUUAGCAAAUCCGUUGAUUUACUGGUUAUUUGCAACAAAUUUUUGUUUAAGAUACAGACAAAAUUUAACUAGAAACAAGCGUCGACCAUCGUUUACAUCUUCAGUAAAUAAGCAUAGUUUUGGUUCACGACGACAAACAAGUGAACAUCUGCGACACGAUUUAUCUGCGACAACACGAGUUAUUCAUACAAAUUCAAAAUCAUCGUACAAUCAUAGUCUAUGA